GCCUCUGAAAUCUAGCAGAGCUUCUGAUGAAAACAUACAACCAGGGGUGCCCCUAGAAUCUUGCUUGGCAAGCUUUUCAGCUCCAGAGGAAGUUCAUGGUUUUUACAGCAGUGGCUUGAAAACUUCUUAGGCUCCCCCGUAAUGUUUAUUUUCCAUCCAACUUGUUAAUAAGGUCAUACAUAACUGGGUGAGGGGCAAACACAAAUAUCAGCUUGAUCCAAAACUUUUGUGGCCCACAAAAUGUUUUUAAUGGUCAAUCACCAUUGUUUCCUGUUGUGGGUCCGCCUGAGAUUUGAAUCUUCUUUUUUGUUCAUGUUAUGCCUAAAAUGAGUUGGAAAAACAGAUGGACAACGUGGAUAUACGAUACAUAUAUCGAGGUGGACCCAUGGUCACGACCUGACCGAACUUGUUCAGGUCUCCACCUGACUGAAUCCACGCACUGGUUAGAGGAUGCCUGAACCUAUGCUUUGUUGCCUGGGUCUUCUCUAAUUAUGCCAUUAAAGAAAUAUGAAAUAGCUCUUCGCUUAUAGAUUUAGUCAUGGCCGCCAAAUUUGAAUAGUUGUAGCUCUCCUUAGGAAAUGAUGUUAAUAAAUAUCAGAGAAGGGGCAUGAGCAUGAACCAUCUGUCACCAGCCAAGAUGGGUUUCGUUAAGCUUUCUUCUGUUUCUGUUCUUCUUCUCCCCUUCUUCUUGCUUACCAUGCAGCUCCAUCAAACUCUUUCAGUUCGAGCUGAAACCAACGGCAAGGUGUAUGUAGUGUACAUGGGAGCGAGGCAACAUGAAGAUCCCAACCUUGUUACAGCUUCACACCAUGACAUGCUUGCCUCGGUGCUAGGAAGGUAUGUUCUCUAUGAUAUGCUUGCUUCGGUGCUAGGAAGCAAGGAGGCAGCUGUAGAGUCGAUGCUGUACAGUUACAAGCAUGGCUUUUCGGGAUUUUCCGCCACACUCACGGAAUCGCAGGCAAAGCAAAUCUCAAAAAUUCCUGGUGUGAUCCGUGUAACCCCGAGCCGAAGUUGUAAGCUACAGACAACACGAAGCUGGGAUUUCCUCGGCCUUGAUUAUAGUCAUCCUACAGAAAUCCUUUCCAAGACCAACCAAGGAGAUGGUGUGAUUAUCGGUGUGGUUGAUUCAGGUUUAUUGCAUUUUUUUUUUCCCCUUUAUUAUUUCUUUUCUUUUCUUUUUUCUAUAUCUAGUUGUAUGAGGAAUGCAACUUAUAUAGCUAUGGAUAUCUGUACCCUAUGGUUAAUUAACAUUCAGUGUACAUGUCCAGCCCACAUCAUGAGUGGGCUAGCUUGUUCUUUUGGGAUAAAAGACAUGAAUGGAGGGAUCCACUUAAUGAACAGCCAAUAUCACAUACACCUAGGUAAUAGAUCAGAUCAGCUCAUGGGUCAACUAGUGAAAACCACUUUUGGGGUGGUGGGUUUAGUUCAAAGUAAACAGAUAGUGGGUUAGACUCAGGCUAGAAAUGUGGACUUGAUGGGUUGGGCUUGAGUUGGGUGAGAUGAUCCAAUCCAAAACUGAAACAAAAAUGAAGAACGAAAAGUACAAAAAAAAAAUUAUUGAUAUAUGUAUCCAUUGAUUGCCCUUGAUAGAGUGAAACAUCUUGUAAAUUAAGGAUUCAUGUACCUCACCUGAAUUGUUUGAGAUAAGGCUCAGAUGAUGAUGAUAAUCCAAUGAUUGUCCCAAGUUGUGCAAACCCGUGUUCUCAUGUUCAACUCUUGAAAGUCAUGUCAGGUCAGUCGAGAUCAACCC